UCUUAUAGUUUCCGAGGGACUCCCAUGGAAGAUGAGCCUUUUCUCGCCUCCCAAACAGCACCCCAACAACUCCCUCCAAUCAUCGAACACCACGAUUUCUCAUUCCCACUCCUCCAAGACCCCGAAUCCGCGGCCGCCGAUGCCCCUGCCCCUAAUCGGAGUCUCCACCGAUGCAAGACCGCCCCGGCCCUCUCCGUCGUCCGAGACCUCAACCCCAAGCCAUCGUCGUCGUCCCAACCGGACUCGGCGUCCCUUGUGAAACAAGCCUUCGUCCUUCUCCUCAUCUACCUCUCCUUGGGUGUCCUCAUCUAUACCUUCAACACCGACCACUUCUCCGGCGUCGAGACCCACCCCCUCGUCGACGCCCUCUACUUCUGCAUCGUCACCAUGUGCACCAUCGGCUACGGAGACAUCGCUCCCCGAACGCCGUCGACGAAGCUCUUCGCCUGCCUCUUCGUCCUCGUCGGCUUCGGCUUCAUCGACAUUCUCCUCAGCGGAGUCGUCAAUUACGUCCUCGACUUGCAGGAGAACAUGAUCUUGAACGGAAUGCAUAUGGAUCAACAUCAUCAUAAUCAUCAUCAAGGAUUUUCCGCUUGGGAUUUCAUCAUCGACGUGGCCAAAGGCAGGAUGAGGAUCAGACUGAAAGUCGGAUUGGCGCUGGGAGUGGUGGUGCUGUGCAUUGGUGUGGGAGCAUUGUUCCUGCGAUUCGCCGAGGAUUUGGAUUGGAUUGAUUCGGUUUAUUUGUCAGUUAUGUCGGUUACGACGGUUGGCUACGGGGACAGGGCCUUCAAGACGCUCAAUGGGAGGAUUUUCGCGGUAGUUUGGCUUCUGCUGUCGACGCUGGCGGUGGCUCGGGCGUUCUUGUAUCUGGCGGAGGCGAGAGUCGACAAGAGGCACCGAAGAAUUGCCAAAUGGGUGCUGCAUAGGGAUAUCACCGUCGAGGAUUUGAUCGCCGCCGACAUUAAUAAUAACGGUUUCAUUAGUAAGUCGGAGUACGUAAUUUACAAGCUUAAAGAGAUGGGAAGGAUAGGCGAGAAAGAUAUAUUGGAGAUCUGCAACCAGUUCUGUAGGCUUGACCCCAACAACUCCGGGAAGAUAACAUUGCCUGAUCUGUUGCAGAAUCGCUUGCAAUGUCAAAAAGUUGGAAAUUCUAUUCUUUGAGCAAAAGAAAACGGAUUGCUCUUUCUUCUCUGUCUGAAGCCUUUUUGGUAAAGAGGAGACUUUGAUUUUCUUCCUGGCAAGAACUGUGCAUACAUACUCCUGCAUUCCCUGUGAAGGACUGCAGUUACAGCAAGUGUAAAAAUCUGUUUAUUUUCUUCCGUUAAAUACUAUAGGAAUAUCAAAGGAGAGAGUAAAUUUUGGGAAGGAGGGUGGGGUCUUUGAACGUGAGAGACGUGAUCUUAUAUCAACUCAAGGGCUUCAAAGUGUAUUAUAUAUGUAUAGUUUUUUUUUUUUUUUUACUUUGUAUUUAUUAUUUGUAGUGUAUAUCAAAAGCAAUUGCUCUACAUUUCAUUAAGAUUCUAGAUGACUAUGAUGCGACAAAAAAAAAAAAAAAAAAAAAGUGGUGAAAUUAUGUGGAGAGACAAAUGA